AUGCUUCUGGUACGACAGAUCAUUGUUUCAGUUGUUAAUUUAUUUGUUGUGGUAGGAUUUAUUUAUGUACCGGUUUCAAACCUGGAAUCCUUACACAACAGCUGGAGCGAGACAGUUCGCUUAAGGCACCUGUAUGCCGCCAGGGCAGGAGUACAUCUUCUUAUUCAUGGAGAUGGACAGAUUCUCGGCUCUGCGGACCAAACUCUGUACAGCUUGCUGGAAAUCCGCUCAGUGGCUCCAGGAUGUAUUGUCAUUAGAGGCUUUGAAACAGCACAGUUUCUUUGCAUGGAUUUUGAUGGAAGGCUCUACUCAUCACGCAUCUAUAGCAGAGAUGAAUGCACCUUCAGGGAGCAAAUCCUGCCAGAUGGAUACAGUGUCUACAUCUCUGUCACACACGGAAUACUACUUAGUCUGGGAAACCAUCGGCAGCGGCUGCAAGGCAGAGACAGCGGUGUCCCAGCAUUGGCUCAGUUCCUUCCUCGAAUCAACACUGUGGAUCAGGCAUCAACUCCAGCGACGCGGUCCUUUUCUCACCAGACCCAGGACACGCCACAAACAGUCCAAUCACUUGACACGGUGGAGUCUUUUGGUGUGCUCGCACGGAUCAUUCAUAGCCCCAGCUUCCAUAAGCGAUGA